CCCGCGGCCGCGCACUCGGCUCGGGCGGGCUCCGGCGGCGGCGCAGGAUGGAGCUGCCCGUGGACUCGUACCUGGCCGUGCCGCUGCUCUUCACCGUGCUGGCCCUCGUCCUCGCCUCCGUCUUCCUGAGGCUGCGGGGAGGCGGCGGCGAGCGGGCGGCGGAGCGGCCCCGGGGGCCCGCGGCGGAGCCGGCUCGGGAGGGCGGCCCCGGCGGCGAAGCGGCGGCAGCGGGGCCGGAGGACGAGGGGAGCCGGGUGCCGGUGGAGGAGGUCGGAGCGCGCGGCGAGGGGAAGGAAGCGGUCACCGAGCAGCGGGAGGCGGCGGAGGAGCCGGGCCCCGCGGCCGAGCCCAGCCCCGCGGCGGCCGAGAGCAUCCCCAGGCAAACCCCGGAGGAGCCCCGGCAAAGCCCCGAGGAGCCCCGGCAAAGCCCCGAGGAGCGCCGGCCGCAUCCCAAGGAGCCGCCCGAGGAGCCCCGGCAGCCCCCGGAGGAGCCCCGGCAGCCCGGCCACCGGGAGGAUGCGGAGAGCAAGAUCCCACCGCUGGGUGCCUCGCCUGGAUCCGGCCUCGGGCACACAGGACAAGCAGAGGACACACGGGGCCACGAAGCACUUUCCAGCCAUGCAGAGGAGGAAGAGGUGGACUCAGAAAACGAGAAGCUGGUGGUGAGAGAGCCAGAGGAUGAGGAUGCUGCAGAAGAGACAUUUUCUUUUAAAUACAGUCCUGGGAAGCUAAGGGGAAACCAGUACAAGUCAAUGAUGUCCAAAGAAGAACUAGAGGAAGAACAAAGGGUUCAGAGAGAGCAGCUGGCUGCCAUCUUCAGACUGAUGAAGGAAAAAAGUGACACCUUUGGAGAGAUGUCAGAAGGGGACAUGAAGGAGCAACUCAGACUGUACGAUAUCUAACCCUGCAGCCAGGGGAGGUUGUGCCCAAAAGCCAUCUUGGCCCUUGUUCUGCAGGACACUGGAGGCUGUAGUGCUUUAAAAAUGUCUCAGUAGUUAUUUUGCAGUUCCAGAUUGUUUUGCAAACACAUAUAGGCCUGUGAUAUGUAUUUCAAAAGACUUGUAAUUCCUCAGUCUUUUAAUAAUUUUUCUUUGCAGAGCUAUCAUCUCAUACAGCGAUUUUUUACCUCUUUCUGGCUGGGUCAUAUGUCUCAGUCCUACAAAGCAGUUAAACUCACAACUUUUUUUCUGGCCAUGCUUUAUGCAAAUGAACUUUCAAGCCUAAUCUUUCUCAGUUUGAUAUCUGAAGAAAACCAAAGAUGAUAGGUGUAAAAUGGAUUAAAAUAAUAGAAUAACUCAGGUUGAAGGGUCCUGUAGUCCAACCUCCUGCUAAAAGUCAUGAGACCAAGGUGAGUUACUCAGGGCUUUAUCCUGUUGGGUCUUGAAAAGCUCCAAAGAUGGAGACUGCCUCCCUGUCUUGGCAGGGAGGCUUCCAGCCCUACAGUUAGAAAACAAACAUCAAAAGCAAGGCAUCAGUGCUCUGAUCAGGGCGUGCUGCCCCUCGUCUCCCUGGAAGGAACACUUCAUCCUCCCUCAGGCUGGCUUUGAAACCAACCCAAGCUGGUUCUGGCUGACCUCACUGAGAUCAUCCUCACGCCUGAGGAAGCAGCUCCAACCUGGAAACACAAACAUCUCCUGACACUGUGCAAGGAGCACAGAAAGGCUGCUGGGUUUAUCACAAGGAUGGUUGUGUCCACCUCAGAUCCUGCUCUUCUCAUACAUAAUUAUGUGGGAAACUACAAUCUUAGGAAAUCUCUGUGAUUUUAUCAAGAUUUUGAAUAGUCUUGAGAAGCCCUUGGUGGUUUGAAUAGAGUAAAUCAAUGAGCAUUCCUAAUUAUAGCUAAAUGUCUUCUGCUGUGCUUAUCUCUCCUAUGAAAUCCUGUUAAAUACUUCCUUAUCAGGAAGGAUUUUCUUGGUUUUAGUAACUGCUCACAAAGGGAGGCAACAUUUUUCUGCCCCAGUUUUCAGGAAUGAUCACUUAAAAAUUAGUUUUGCUUUAUUUUGUGUAAUCCUCUUCAGCCCAAGAAACCUAAUAUCUCAUUAUCUGGUCGCUGUCUCCUAGUACAGUGUGUUCUAGAGCAUCAGACACUUAGACUUUUAAGAAUCAUUUUAUCUUCUAAUUGUUUUCACUUAGGCCAAGGCAUAUUUAUAAUGAGAUCAAGCUGGUUUUACUACCAAUCAUGACUUAAUUUAAAUGUGAUGUCUGAAAAUUACCUCUUCUUAUUCAACAUGAACGAAUUAAGUGGGAAAAGUAGUUCCAUGUUGUGAAAUAUCACUCUAGCUUGCUGUGUCCCUGUGACACAGUUUCCUUUGUCAAGCAGGGAGAAAUGUAGAAAAAUUAUAUGGGGCUUGUCCCUAGUUCAAAAAAAUCAGGAUCUUCCAAAACUCUUCAUGAAAGCAAGCCAAAGAGAGAUAAAAGUAGUUGAUUUUUAGUCUUUGUCUUGCAGACUUCACAGUUUAUUUCCAAAAUAUUUUUUAUAUUUCCUAUGUUAUGGUUGGUUCUUCUCUGAAUAGGAACAGUUCUGGGGAAAAAAAAAAAAAAUCCUCAAACCCUUCAGCUUCAGAGAAUGGCAGCAAUGAUAACACUGUGCAAGGGACAGCAGCUGGGAUUAACCCUGUCCUGUCCACACCAGCUCCCACCACCAUCACCAAAAUGUUCAGAUGCUGCUGCUAACAGGACAGUGAUGAAAAAACUGUUAUUUACCAGGCUCAGAUUUAAGAAAGAAAUGAAGAUAAAUAGAAAAAGAUAAAUAAAAAGCCUCUCUUUGCCCAAGACAUGAAAGGAAGGGAUGUCAAGAUGUGAAACCCACGGGUUUUGAGCAGUGCAUUCCUCCAUGUGCAUUGGCAAGGCUGAAAUGAGGAGCAUCCUGGUGGACACAUCCAUGGAGGUGGUGGGGAGGGACCAUGGGGUAUGUCCUGAUUUGGUUGGGCAGCUUCUGAAGUGCUUCUCCCACUGGACUCAUCAAUAUUUAUGCAGGAAAUGUCAUUAGUGGCUAUGGUGGGGUUUUCCUUCAUACAGGAAAUGUCACCCUCUGCAGCAGCAUCUCCCCUUCUGGGAUCAUCCUCUAAAUAACUGCAGAAUCA